AUGUCCGACUUCAAUGAAUUAGCUCUUUCUGCAGAUACUUUAGCCGCCCUACAAGAAUUUAGACAAGAAGAAGAAGAACACCAAAAGAAAUUCGCCCAGUUAUAUAGCCAAGCAGAUGAAGACAUGAAAAUGAAGAAAGAACAAGGUAUGAACCUAUUCAAGGAAGACUGGCAGCUAUCUCAAUUUUGGUAUAGUGAUAAGACAGCUGACUUACUUGCGGAUGCCUUAUUAGAAGGUGCAGAUGAGAAUACAGUCAUUGCUGUGGUUAGUGCGCCAUCUGUGUAUGCCGCAAUCCAAAAGAAGUCUGAGAAAGAUAUUCCAACAAAACACAUAUAUUUAUUCGAAUUCGAUACAAGGUUUGAACUGUUAGCUGGGAAAGACCAUUUUUUCUUCUAUGAUUAUAACAAACCUUUGGAAUUUGAUUCCUCUAUUAAGGGUAAAGUGGACAGACUUCUUAUUGAUCCACCAUUCCUAAAUGAAGAUUGCCAAACAAAAUCAUCUAUUACAGCUAGAGCUUUACUUGCGCCAAGUGAUGGUUCCAAGACAGAAUCUGGAGUCUUGAAGCAUCGUUUAAUGUCCUGUACUGGUGAAAGAAUGUCCAAGAUAAUUGCCAAUGUGUAUCCUGAAACUAAAAUUACCGAUUUCUACCCAGAACAUGGUAAUGGGUUAAUGAAUGAAUUUAGGUGUUAUGCUGAUUUCGAAUGUAAACAAUGGAAGUUCCAAAAGGAAGAAAAUUAA